GGGACGAGAAUGUUAUUUGAGCUGACGCUCUGACCAGAAACCCAGCAACGGCAUUUCGCGCCAAAGCUCCCUUCGUUCAGCACCAUGGAGAGCCCCAGUAUGUGGACAAGAACGGCAAUGUUCACUUUGCUGCUAUUAUUAAUGACUUGCGCAAGAGCGGAUGACUCGGAGACUGAGGUGGAUUUGGAUACGAGAGCCAUUCGAGACUUCUACCCAAAAGACCCUAACCUCACCAGUGAAAAACAACUUCUCGGGGCUCUUCACGAAGUUCUGGAAAAGCUGCAGACAAAAAAAAAUCCUCCUUGGGAGAAGAAAUUUGGACAAGUUCCUAUGUGUGACGUCGGAGAGCAGUGCGCAAUCCGGAAAGGAUCGCGAAUCGGCAAGAUGUGUGACUGUCCCCGUGCGGCGUUUUGCAACUUUUUCCUGCUAAAGUGUCUGUGAAUGACUUCGUCAGGGUUUUGGGGCGCGGGCGGGGGCGGCGAUGCAUCUGUGUGUACCGUUAAAGAACUGAAUUCAUUUAUAUGUAUAUAUUUUUAAUUGAAGUAACUCUAUAAAGUAAUAUCAUGUAAAACUUUGUUAGUCUGUUGUUAUCCUGCACGCAUAUGAUAAUGUCAUAAAUGUGUUAUAAAUAUGUAACAGUGACUGUUUUGUGUAUUAAAUUGCACCAUAACUUCUUUUGUAAAGUA